CUCGCAGUCACACACAAACAUUUGCGAGAGCCGUGAGUCUCGCGGGCGGGGGGGGGGGCGGCGAGAGAGAACCGCCACGCACAAACGCACGCCGUUUCGCUGGCUUAAGCUGUGCUUGAGAGAGCCGAAGACCUGGACCAGAGCUGUUUCCAUCGCUCCAUCCAUCCUCUCCUUCCUGCAGCUCAGAAGCAGCUCUCCUUCAGCCCUUAUCACCCCCCCCCCCACUCCCCUCCACCUCCCACCACCCCCUGCACACCCCCUUUUGAUUAUCCGGACCGAUUGUGCUCCCUGCCGUUGGUCUGUCCUCAGAUCAGCGCGUCUCUCUCUCUCUGUAACCGGCUGCGCUUUCACUUCAAUCCAGCGGAGAGGCCGAGAGGCGUAACCCGGGAGAGAGCGACCACCCGAGCGGCUGAGAGACCGACCGCCCGACCGCCACCAUGAACUUCCUCCGCCGCCGCCUCUCUGACAGCAGCUUCAUGUCCAACCUGCCCAAUGGCUACAUGUCGGACCUCCAGAGGUCGGACCCACCUGCUCCUCCUCCCCCAGCCGCCACCUCCCCUUCCCAGCAGCACCCAGGCGCAGCGGCGGCGACGACGGGCUCAGCACUGUCCCCGACCCAAGCCCCGGCCGCGGCCCCGGCCCAGGCUCCCGCCGGAUCCCCCGCCACUCAGGAACGGCGUGCGAGCCAGCAGGCCCAGCAGCCUCCGCAGGCCCAGUCCUCCUCCUCCGGUGGUUCCUCUGGCUUCUUCAGCUCCUUCAGCUCCAUCACCAACGCCGUCAAACAGACGGCCGCCGGGCUCGUGGAGCAGUCGGUUCCCUCCCCCUCGCUCUCCAAGAAGUUCAAGAUCCUGUUGGUCAUCGAUGAGCCCCAGCACGAGUGGGCUAAAGUGUUUCGGGGAAAGAAGGUCCUUGGAGACUUUGACAUCAAAGUGGAGCAGGCCGAGUUCUCAGAGGUCAACCUCAUCUCGCAUUCGAAUGGCACCUGUAACGUGGACAUGCAGGUCAUCAGGAGCGGGAUCAAAGUCACCAGGUCUUUCAGGCCGGACUUCGUCUUGGUGCGCCAGCACGCCUUCAGUAUGGCCCAGAACGAGGAUUUCAGGAACCUGAUCAUCGGUCUGCAGUACGCAGGCGUCCCCUCGGUCAACUCUCUGGACUCCAUCUACAAUCUCUGCGACAAGCCUUGGGCUUUUUCCCAGCUGAUCAAUAAUCAGAAGCGGUUAGGAUCAGAUAAGAUCCCUCUCAUUGAUCAGACUUUCUACCCCAACUACAGAGACAUGAUUACAUCACCAAGUUUCCCAGUGGUGGUGAAGAUCGGACACGCCCACUCUGGAAUGGGAAAGGUCAAGGUGGAAAAUGUGAGUGACUUCCAGGACAUUGCCAGUGUGGUGGCCAUCACUCAGACCUACUGCACCACGGAGCCAUUUAUAGACGCCAAGUACGACAUCAGGGUCCAGAAAAUCGGAGCCGACUACAAGGCAUACAUGCGAACGUCCAUCUCUGGUAAUUGGAAGAGCAACACUGGAUCGGCCAUGUUGGAACAAGUUGCCAUGACUGACAAGUAUAAGCUGUGGGUCGAUACCUGCUCAGAAAUCUUCGGCGGACUGGAUAUCUGUGCUGUCAAAGCCAUCUGUGGCAAGGAUGGUAAUGACUACAUUACUGAGGUGGUUGGCUCAUCGAUGCAGCUGAUCGGCGAUCACCAGGCAGAGGACCGCCAGCUCAUCUCAGAGGUGGUGGCGGCUAAGAUGAGCCAGGCCCUAAUUACCAGGUCAUCUAGUGCUUCCCGCUCACCUGCCCGCUCCCCUCAAGGCCAGAAGCCGACGACUGUGCAGCCCCAACAGGCUGCUGCCCUUAAGGAAGGACAGUCAGAUCCAAGCAGGAACUCUGGCCAGCGCCCUCAACCUCAAGGGGCACCAGUGAAAUCACAGAUUGUGGAAUCAUCACCACAGUCAGCAAAGAGAGCAUCUGAACCGGCACCAAAGCCCAGCCAGGUCCAGAAACCUGCUCCAGGUCCAGCUCAGAUUCAGAAGGGCCCAGUCCAGAGGGCCGCCUCGGUCACAAAGCCUCCAGUGCCGAGGCCUCCCCCUCCGAUGAUAAGAGCCCCGUCCGUCGCAAAGUCGGCCCCAGAUUCUGCCUCCCCCCCAGCCAAAGCUUCACCGUCAUCCCCGGCAAAAGCAGCAGCCGCGGCCGCUCCGGGCUCUCCCCCAUCCAAAGCGGCAGCGGCGGCGGCUCUGGCCUCGGCUCCAGUCUCGGCUCCUCCCCCGGCCUCAGCUCCCACCACAGAGCAGCCCAAGCCACAGCCUCAGGGCUCCCCGACCCCGGCUCCUGGAAAACCCAAAGAGCUGCCUCCAAAACCGGCGCCGCCGGCGAAGCCCAUUCCUCCGCUCCGCAGGAAUUCCAAGCCACAGCUGCAGCCAAAGCCACAAACCCCGCCUCCUCUCAAAGCCACGCCUAAAGCCCAGCCCGCGGGCGUGUCCCCAGCACCCACCCAGGCCUCAGAUACUGCGUCGGCUCCGGCCCAGGCCUCUCCUCCCCAAAACCCCGAGCCUGAACCCGCUGAAGCUGCCGCGGGCCCCGCUGAGGCCGAGGGCCCCGUGGACGAGCAGCCGGGAAGCCAGCAAAAGGCCCAUCCUCUGCUGAAUAAGUCCCAGUCCCUGACCAAUGCCUUCAACGCCAUCAGCGACUCCUCUUUCUUCCGCGGGGCCUCGAGCACCGGAGGCGACGGCCAAGAGGAGGUGAAAGCUGAGACCAUCCGCAACCUCCGGAAGUCCUUUGCCAGCAUCUUCUCUGACUAAGACACGGCCCAACCGUAGUCAGACCCCUUUCGAUCCUGCCCCCCGCCCUCCCUCUCCCCUCUCCCAUUUUACCUUUGGCCAGUGAUGACUUGAUUGACAUUAAACGUGAACCAGUCUGAGAUUAAACUUUGUGUGUUAACUGUACUGUAUCCCCUCCGUCGCCGUCCCUCCUCUCCCCAACUUUCAGCUUCUCUGUGUGAGUAACAGUGAGGCCUUCUGGGUAGGAUGUUCAGUGGAUGAGCCAGAAUGGACUGAAGGAGUUACGUCAUUGAUUUGGACAACAGAGUAGAAUAGAAUAACAAAAUAUUUAUUUUCCCACUUGAAGGAACUCUUCCUGAAUUAUAUAAAAGUAGAAUAUUCAAUUCUAAAUGGAAUGUACAUACAGUAUAUAUAUAUAUAUAUAUAUAUAUUUAUGUAUAUAUACAGUAUAUGAAUAAAAACAUGUAUAACUAUAAAGGGAGAUAAGCCAAUUAUAUCACAAAAGUCCUGUAGCACUUUUCGAUCCACCUUUGUCAGUGACAUAACUCUUUCAUUCAGUGACUGUAUUUAUACAUAUUUAAAGAAAAUAGUUGGAUAUUUGACAUUUAAUAGUUUCCCUUUCAGUGAAUCAAUUUGUCAGUAAGUGCAAGUGUGUGAGUAAAGAAAACUACUUUAAGUAUUUCUUCCUGUGUGAAUCCAGUUGUUGUGUCUUUGGUCCUCAGCGACUAACGACUGGGCUCGUCGGCGCCGCCCCCUUUUUUUGUCUACAAGCCUUGAAGUUCAUUGUCGUGUGAGGGAGUCGCAAAUAUGUGUGUGUUUCUUCUGUGUUGUUAUGCAUGGCUCCUCCAAGUGGUUCGGUGUGACUUUUGGAGAAGAAGUGUUGAGUUUUGCACUCCGUUGCCUCUCUCUCUAGUUCUCUCGAUGUUGUAGCCUUACUGUGAACAUGUUUUCAAUGCAGCUACGUGUCAGCUGUGCAAAUUCAUUCAUUUAUUAUAAUUGUUUGAUGACGUACGGCAAGGAUUGCAACUGCUGUAGUUUUAGGAGCUUUGGGAUCAGACCUAUGAGGUGCUGCACUGAAUAAAUCAAUCCUAAAUAGUAACUGGAUGCAUUUCAAAGAGUAAAAAGAAUUAUGUCUGUAGCUGUGACUGGUGAUUUCUUAUUUCACCUCUGUGUAGAUCUAUCAACAGUAUUGUAACGUGUUGAUCAUUCUCAUCAAAAGACAUUGAGACAGUAGUGCAAUAAACGCCUCGACGUCACUGUUGAGCGCUGUCACCCUCUUAUAGAUAUAAAUAUGAGCAUACAUACAGGACCUGUGUAUCUGUUAGACACCCAACUCUUACAUUCCCUUUAAGAUUUCUUCUAGUCACAACUUUCCAGGUGGCUUUUUAACUGCAGUCGGACGCGCGGCUCCAGUUUAUUACGCCAUAUCAAACUGUUGGUUUCUGUGAUUGAUCCUGUUUGUGUUGUGGGACUUUAAUUAACUAAAGGCAACCUGGAAUGAACCCAGUACCUUGACUGGUCAUUUUCAGCUGUGUUGCUGCCUUUCAAGUUCCUAAGUGUAAGAAACAUAAAUGCAAAUCUCCACACCGCAUCAACCUGUCCGCUUAUACACUACCUUGUUGCAAGUAAACUAUAACAUAUUGUAUUUUGUAUGUAUGUAAGUGUCAUCUCAGGAGUUUAUUUUUUGUAACAUAUUGACUUACUUAUUAUUUGACGCUCUCCAAGUCUAUGGUACAGUAGUUAUUGUUUGUUUUGCACCGUGUUUUCAUUUGUAACACAAUACUGCUUUGCAUGAUCUGGUGACUGACGAUGUUUCUUUCUGUACAGAUAAAAGUCAAUAAAGAUGUGGUUCCAUCAUUCAAGUUA